GCACGUCUUUGGGCACAUGCUUAGUUGACUCUCUCUCUCUCUCUCUUCUAUAUAUUGGGAUUUGGUUAGAGGGCUUGAAUGCGUACAAAAAACCACAUAUACAGAAUAGAAGUUGAGUUUGAUUUGUCAUAGGAGGGGAAUAAGAGAUGGGUAAUAUGAAGUGCACAAAGAAAGCAAAGAUGAUUUUGGUUCCAUACCCUGCACAGGGACAUGUUACUCCCAUGCUUAAGCUAGCCUCUGCCUUCCAUAACCGUGAAAUAUUUGAGACAAUCCUGAUCACUCCCGAGUUCAUUCACCAUCAGAUUGCAUCAAGUAUAGAACCAAAAGACCAGAUUUUGUGCAUGCCAAUACCAGAUGGUCUAGACAAGGACACCCCACGUGAUUUCUUUGCCAUUGAAAUGGCUAUGGAGAAAAACAUGCCUGUCCAUUUGGAAGCCAUGAUUCAUAAGCUUGUUGAGGAUGGUGAAGUUGUAUGUGUGGUGGUUGAUUUGUUGGCAUCAUGGGCUAUUGAAGUAGCCAAUCGGUGCAGAGUCCCCGUUGCUGGAUUUUGGCCUGUCAUGUUUGCCGCUUAUGAAAUGAUUGCAGCCAUUCCAGACAUGGUCCGGACAGGUCUUGUUUCUGAUACAGGAAUUCCCCAACAUCUAGGUAGAAUUUGCUUUUUACCAAAUCAACCAAUGCUAUCUACAGAAGAUCUACCAUGGCUGAUUGGAACUCUUCCAGCAAGAAAAGCAAGAUUCAAAUUUUGGACCAGAACCUUGGACCGAUCAAGAACUCUUAGAUGGCUCCUAGUGAAUUCCCUUCCUGAUGAAUACAUAGAUGGAAAACAUGCUCAAUCGGUCAAAAGCUCUCAAGAUCAUCCACGUGUGUUCUCUAUUGGACCUUUGUCUAACCAUGUAAUGUCCAAGAACCCCAGCUUUUGGGAAGAAGAUAAGAGUUGCUUAGAUUGGCUAGACAAGCAAAAGUCUAACUCUGUUAUUUACAUCUCAUUUGGAAGUUGGGUUAGCCCUAUUGGAGAAGGUAAAGUUAAGAAUCUAGCAUUGGCUCUAGAGGCAUCAGGACAGCCAUUUCUAUGGGUGCUAGGGUCAACAUGGCGUGAAGGGCUACCAAUUGGAUAUUUGGAGAGAGUGGCCAUUAAAUUUCAAGGCAAAGUAGUUUCAUGGGCUCCCCAAAUGGAAGUGUUGCGACACAAGGCUGUGGGGUGUUAUCUUACACAUUGUGGAUGGAAUUCAACAAUGGAAGCCAUACAAUGCCAAAAGCGACUUUUGUGCUAUCCAGUGGCAGGGGACCAGUUCAUAAAUAAUAAGUACAUUGUUGAAGUGUGGAAAAUUGGGUUGCAACUCAAUGGGUUUGGACGAAAAGAUGUUGAAGAAGGCUUAAGAAGAGUAAUGGAAGACACUGAGAUGCAGAACAGAUUAAAGAGGUUACAUGAGAGAACAAUGGGAGAUGAGGCUAAGUCGAGAGUAAUGUCUAAUCUCACGGCCUUUAUCCAUGAUCUCAAUUUUUGAGAAAAAAAAAAAAAAAUUGAUCUCAAUUUAAUAACGCUUGGCACUCCCAUUAAAUCUUUUCCUGAUUUUAAUUUCAUAUGAAAGAUAUGAGAUUGAGAAAAAUAAAACUAAAGUGUAACAGGUUCAAUUAAUUGAAAAUCGUAUUGUU